AUGCGAGCUAUUAUCUGCUCCACCCGCGGCAUAGCCCCCCUCGUUCAUCGCAGCAGAGCAAACCAUCUUGCCGUCGCGUGUUUCCAGCGCGCGAGUCACUCCACAUUUUCAUACCAAUCCAACUGCACUGAUGAGACUGUUUCUCUUCCAAUUGGAAACAAUGGCGCUAUAUCCUUGCGAAUCACGCGCCCAAGCGCGUUGAACCUCGCCAGCCAGGGGCGUCUUGAAAGGCCGAAUGUAAUCAUGUAUCUUCCGCCUGGGCCUUUGUUCCCCCAGUUGGACUCAAAUAUCGAACAAAAGGAUGAUCCUUCAUCGCCGGAUACUCUUGGCCAGGCAAAUGGACAUGCUGCUCCAUUGACAUCCACGGGACUAUCGCCCCAGCAUGUUCUUGCAUCAACAACUUCUGCCGUGGUAGUUACAGUCAACUAUCGCCUAGGAGAAGCCAAGAAGAAAAUCUAUUCAUCUGAUGAAGCAAGCCAAAUCCCAGAAGAGCCGGAUGGACUCUCAGACCAAACUGCAGACUCAACCAGCCCCCAACCACUCUCAUACAAAUACCCAACCCCAGUACACGACACUCUGGCCGGAUUUGACUGGAUCCACAAGAACCUCAACCCAUCCAAACUGGGAGUCUUCGGCACGCACAUCGGAGGCUCUCUAGCACUCAUGCUCGCUCUGACAGAAGCCCGAUCCAUCAAAGCCGUGGCCGCCCUUGAUCCCGUUUGUGACUGGCCAAUUCUAGACGAGUAUUGUACUCGAGAUAGCGCUGUUGUCAAAAUACCCGAUAAUGUCGACGGCAGUACGCCCGCCCCGAAAACAAAGCGCCAAAGAAGAAAGGCCGCACCGAGUGAUCUAGUCCCACUACUUGAAGCACGCUCUCGUUUCUUUGCAACACCCGAGCGCUGCUUUGAUUCAUUUGCAUCGCCUAUUCUUUUCCUCCGCUCUGCUGGUCGGGAUGUGCCACGCGCCUUCCCUCGGUAUCUGACAGGACCGGAGUAUCCGGUCCCUGUACUCCGGGAGACGCCAUCGAAGGCUAAAGCCGCAGAUGAUGAGUCUAUCUGGGAUCUGGAUGAAUAUCCAGAUGCGGAUGGAGAAGAUGUGGAUGAGUUCGCGGCGACGGCUACGCGGCGCCGGAAGGCGCUUUCCCGGUGGCCGCCUUAUGGGCUGGACUAUGGACUCAGUGGGGAUAAUUGGUCUGGGCCUGAUGAGGGAAUUGGAAGGUUGGAGGUUACUUUGCCGUGGGUGAAGGUCUUCGCUAGGAGUGGAAAUAGUUCUGGUGUGGAUGGUGAGGUGUCGAGAAAACCUGUGGUCAAGGCGAAAGAGGGCAGUGUUGGAUCUACAGUUCUUGCUAGACAGGCUGAUGAAAUGGUCUCUGUUAUGCGAAGAGCGUGCUUCUGGGGCCGGGAGAAAGGCUUUGCUGAGCGGAAGGUUACUUUGUCGAAGGUCGAUGAUUUCAGUGAUUCUGAGGCCGGGAAUUGGCUUCAUGAGGCCUUUCAAGGGAGUUUGGAUGACUCGGAUUAG